AUGGUGGCGCGGCGCUUUCUGGUGGCAUUGGCCACCUUUGCCCUGGCUACAUCGGAGGAUUGCCAGGAGGGCGAGCAGGGGACCUGCAGCACACAUCUCCUCCAAGCACAGGCAGACCGUCGAACAGCGCCGCACCAUUGGCCCACCUUCCGCGGGCGAAGUCAGACCGCCGCUGUCGGCCAGGCGCCUCCAAGGGAUCUGUCGACGCCAAGCUGGUCCUGGCAGCAUCCGAGGGGCCAGUUCCACACGAUCAUGUCGGGGGGCCCCGUGAUCGACAAGGAUUCGAACCUGUAUCUUCAGACAGCGCAGGGCAUUCGGAAGUUCACGUCCGCGGGUCAGGAGGUUUGGAUCUUCGAAACGCCCGGUUUGACCAACAACGAGCCUUCGCUCUAUGGCAACCUUCUUCUGUCGUCCACCAAACUUCCAGGCUUGGCUUAUGCCGUGGACAGGAACUCUGGCAAGGAGCUCUGGAGGACGUUUUUGGCAGACACCAGUGGCGGCGACUGCGGCUACCCUGCAGCGCACAACGGCGUGUUCGUCGUCGGCGCCAGCACGGGCAACGACACGCGGAUCUCGGGAGGAAACACGAAGGUGUUCGGCUUGGACACAAACACAGGAAAGCAGCUUUGGGAGUACGAUCCCGACCACGUAGUUUGGAAUCUGUCGCCUUUGUUCCCCGACGACGAAUCUGUCGUGUUCAUGGACUUCACAGGUGGCAUGUACAAGCUGUCGCUCACCACCGGUCAGGAGCUGUGGAAGACCCCAGCACCCAACUCCGACCCGUCCUUUUCGGACGGUGGGCCGACAUUGGGCCAGAACGGCAAAGUGUAUGCGUGCAGCAACUACGGUGUCGCAAUGGGGCAGGAAGGCUCACUAGGUGUGGCGCGUGCCUUCGACCUGUCGUCGGGGCAGAUCGUUUGGGAAAAGAUCCUCUCCUCGCCCUGCAACUCCUUUCCGGCAGUGGGCAACGUGCGAGGUUCUGAUCGCCUUGCAGCGGUGUUUCUCCCUGGCCCGUUCGACGGCUCGCCAAACGAGGAGGGCAGCGUCUUGGCCUUGGAUGCUGAGACCGGAGAGGAGAUUUGGAAGUUCAACACGGAAAACUACACUUCGCCUCUGAACCAGGCUGCAGGCGAUUUGGAGGGCUUCGCAGACCGCACGACGGAAGGCAUCCAAGCCAUUUGCGCACCAGCGCACUGGUCUGCCCCCACCAUUGACGGCAGUGGUACCGUCUAUGGGCUCCGGAUGAACGGCAAGCUCUACGCCGUGCAUGGCCCGCAGGACACCGUGGACACCAAGGAACUGAAAACGGCCUUGGUCCUGGACUCUUCCACCGGCGUGGUGGCAGAGGUUUACCAGAUUGGCAGCGCUUCGUUACAUG